CCAGGGCCGCGUCGGGGGUGUGGCGCUGCCACCUGAAGGCCUGGGCCUCGAGCCUGCCCUAGGCGCUGUCGCCGCCGCCGCCGCCGCCGCCGCGCUGCUCGACCAGGAAGAGAACCAACUGGAAAAAAUGAAGUUCCUUCUCUUCAUAUUCGUUGGUGUCGUUCACCUUUUAUCCUUGAACUCUGGGAAAGCUAUAUAUAAGAAUGAUAUCUGUCAGAGGACUUUUCAAGAAAUAAAAGAAGAAAUUGCCUGUUAUGGAGAUGUUGCUAAAGCAAUCAUCAACCUUGCUGUUUAUGGUAAAGCCCAGAACAGAUCCUAUGAGCGAUUGGCACUUCUGGUUGAUACUGUUGGACCCAGACCAAGUGGCUCCAAGAGCCUAGAAAAAGCCAUCCAAAUCAUGCACCAAAACCUGCAGGAAGAUGGGCUGGAGAAUGUCCACCUGGAGCCUGUCAAAAUACCCCACUGGGAAAGGGGAGAAGAAUCUGCUGUGAUGCUGGAGCCGAGAAUUCACAAGAUGGCUAUUUUGGGCCUUGGCAGCAGCAUUGGGACACCCCCAGAAGGCAUUACAGCAGAAGUUCUGGUGGUGACCUCUUUCAAUGAACUGCAGAGAAGGGCCCCAGAAGCAAGAGGGAAGAUCGUCGUUUAUAAUCAACCUUAUACCAACUACUCGAGGACUGUGCAGUAUCGUGUCCAGGGGGCUGUGGAAGCUGCCAAAGUGGGGGCUUUGGCAUCCCUCAUUCGAUCGGUAGCUUCCUUCUCCAUCUACAGUCCUCACACAGGUAUUCAGGAAUACCAGGACGGUGUGCCAAAGAUCCCAACAGCGUGUAUUACAGUGGAAGAUGCAGAAAUGAUGUCAAGAAUGGCUUCUCGUGGGAGCAGAAUUGUCAUUCAGCUGAAGAUGGGAGCAAAGAACUACCCAGAUGCUGAUUCCUUCAACACUGUAGCCGAGGUCAUUGGUAGCAAGUACCCAGAGCAGGUUGUACUGGUCAGCGGACAUCUGGACAGCUGGGACGUUGGGCAGGGUGCCAUGGAUGAUGGAGGCGGGGCCUUUAUAUCCUGGGAAGCACUCUCACUUAUUAAAGAUCUCGGGCUGCGUCCAAAGAGGACUCUGCGUUUGGUGCUUUGGACUGCAGAGGAGCAAGGGGGAAUUGGUGCCUUCCAGUAUUACCAGUUACACAAGGCAAACAUUUCCAACUACAGCCUUGUGAUGGAGUCUGACCUGGGAACCUUCUUACCCUCUGGGCUGCAGUUCACCGGCAGUGAAAAGGCCAGAGCCAUCGUGGAGGAGGUCAUGAGCCUUCUGCAGCCCAUCAAUAUCACACAGGUCUUCGGGGCCGGAGAAGGGACAGACAUUAACUUCUGGAUCGAAGCCGGAGUGCCUGGAGCCAGUCUGCUCGAUGACCUCUAUAAAUACUUCUCCUUCCAUCACUCGCACGGAGACACCAUGACUGUCAUGGAUCCAAAGCAGAUGAAUCUUGCUGCCGCUGUCUGGGCUGUCGUCUCUUACGUCAUUGCGGACUUGGAAGAGAUGCUGCCCAGGUCUUAGUAGGAACAAGGGCGAAGGCCCUUUUGUCCUUUCUGACGAGGAAUCCUGGGCCUGCAGUUUCAGGAGCCCUCUCUUCACCUAACAACUUCAUCUGGUCAUUUACAAAGCACAACACUGUUUCAUAUUUUUCUGAUAUCAUCUUUCUUGAUACUUUCCAAAUUCUCUGUUUCUAGUAUAAGGAGUGAUCUCCAUCCCUACAUAGAAUCAACAUACGGUUGGGAUCACAGUUGAGGCAUUUCUUUAUGCCACAUAUAAGAAUAUUGUUUCUACUUUGAGAGUAAAUACUGGAUAAAUCUUUGGAAUCCCUCUGGCUUUUAUGCAUGUAUUUUUGAACAUUAAAUCAAAUACAGUAAUGCCAAUUUUUUUUGGUUUUAUGUUAUUCAUUGAAGGAGUAGAGGAAUACACAAUUGUAGUAUGGUUUUAAUUGAAUGUAUGGAUGCAUCUGGCUUUCUAAUUUGUACCUUUUUAUAUUAUUAGAAUUUUUUAAAAUGAGAUAUGGAAUUUUAAUUAACAGAAAAAAUAUAUGACACCAUUUGGGGAAAAAAAAUCAAGUAUCUAUAAUCCAAUUGCCUUAUUAAAACUCUAUCACCGGACACAUGAUAAGACUAUUUUACAUUUAUGUUUUAUAUAGUUCACAUGAUAUUUCUGUGAAGUUGGGGCUUAUUCACAUUUUGCCAAUAACAAGAUUGAGGCUCAGAGAGGCUCCUAUAGAGCAAAAUUUUGAUCCCCAUCCACUCUGGGCCCCCUACUGCUGCCUUACUGGAGGAGGAUGGAGGAGUUGGGUUGGGGGACGGGGUGAACAUGUGGGUGGCGGAGUGUGCUGGUGAGGUCAGUUGUCAGUAGCACGAAUAGAAUAGGAAUUAUGGAGAACUACGUGGGAGUUGGAAAAAUAGAGGGUGGAAGAAGAAUGAAGAAAGGGAGAGGUCUAGAGGGUUUUUUCUCAUGGCAGUUCUACUUGUACGUCCUAAUAACUGAGAUCUACCAGGCUGCCAUGGAGCCUGGCACGCGCUAUUGAGUAACUAUAGCUGUAGGCAUUUUAAAGUGCAAUUCUCUUAUUUUCCAUCAAUUGUAAAAGGCACUGUUCAUCUGCUAAGAAACAGUGUCUUAUUUGAGUGGUGGCCUAUUUCCUGUGUGCAUAGCAGCUUUCCAAUUUGACUUUAGGGUCAAGUUGCUUUUCUGAUUCAUUUGGCUGAGUAGACUGAAGUGCGAAUUGAAAAGAGAAACCCAUUUAAAUAUUGUAUAAUGUGAAAAGGGUGAAUUCUGUAAUAGGAAAAGGAGAGGAUUAGCGGGUAAAGGAGGUCGAUUGCUGAUUUUGUCCUUGACAUUAUUAAGAUGUGGUUUUGAGGGUUCUGGUGUGUCUGUGAAUGAUUUGGAGUUGAAGUUCCCCAGAGUGUUCCCAACUUCCUCAAACUAAUUACACUAAUGAUAUCAAGAGUGUUUUGAAAAGCCUCCCGCGUCCACCCUGCACACAUUUCGUUGCCACGCAGGCCUAUUUGCUCAGUAUGCUCCCCUCAUAAUAACUUCGGAUGCCUCCCCUUUACCUUGAGUAAAUAUCAAACAGAUCUUGAUAUCUAUAUCUGUCUCAUGAAAUAUACAUCCUCGCUAACUGUGCCCAAAUGAUUAAUUUACUGCUAUGUGAUGAUUAGCAUAAAAACCUCAUCACGACACGAGACAGAAAUGUUAUCAACUAAUUGCCCUUUGAAGUGAGGGAUGUUUUUGCAUAGAAAUUAAUGAUGCAUGCUUACUUCUUAAUUCUCUGUUAAACCAGAAAACCCAGGACUGUUUUCUGUUCAGAACAGAAAGAAAUUACCUUUGAAGUUUUGGGGGUUUUUGGUUUUUUUUUUCUUCUCUCUCCCUUAGAUGAUCCCCAGUUCAGCAGAGAAAUGGUUGGGAAGCAAUGGUUAAUGGAGUUCUGUACACAAAGUGAGACAGGUGAACUUAGCUGUCACCAAAUCAGGUCUUCCAACCAAUCAAUUACACAACUUCAGGCAAAAGCCUUUUCCCUGGACAUUAGAGCCUCCCCGUGGCCCUAACACUUGACAGAUCAACACACAUAUAUAUGCAGCGUAUCCUAAGUGUGUGCAAGUCCUUUGGAGAAUCUGACGUUCUUAUUGUCAUCGGUGGUCAUUCCAGGUCUGCUCAAGCAGCCGCACAACUACCUGUGUGUUUGAUGGUACUUCAGUAGGCCUUGUUCUAUUUUCCAUCUUUAAAGAACAUUUUGCUGUGCCUUAGAUCUUGAUAAUAAAGUCAUGCCCUAACCCAA